AUGUUCUAUCUUGGCGUGUUCGCCUUUUUGAAUCUGGCCUCUGCUGCUGAUCAAAUUCAUAUGCGCCAUGACCAUGAAACUUGCGCACUUGACCCUACUGCUAUGGUUUCCGACGCCUGCGUUUCCUAUGCCUCCAUUAACGCGAUGAAUGACAACAUCUACUCUCUUCUCCAGUCCAUCACCCAAGAAACAGACUUUUUCUCGUAUUAUCGGUUAAAUCUAUUCAACAAAGUUUGUCCGUUUUGGUCCGACUCGGACGGCCUGUGCGGGAAUAUUGCGUGCGCGGUGAACACGAUUGAGUCAGAAGAGGACAUUCCCUUGACAUGGCGCGCCGAGGAGCUAAGCAAACUCGAAGGUCCCAAGGCAGGCCAUCCGGGUCGCAAGCUCCAGCGGGAGCGGCCGAGUGAUCGGCCGCUCCAGGGUAUGCUGGGAGACAAUGUUGGGGAAAGCUGCGUGGUCGAGUAUGAUGACGAAUGUGAUGAGCGGGAUUACUGUGUCCCGGAGGACGAAGGGGCAAGUGGGAAAGGCGACUACGUCAGCUUGCUAGAUAAUCCGGAACGAUUCACUGGGUAUGCAGGAGCGGGCUCCCGGCAGGUCUGGGAUGCGAUUUAUCGCGAAAACUGUUUCCUGAAGCCGGCCCCGGAGUUACAAUCGUCCCCGAACCCCCAAUGGGGAGGAUUAGAGGCGGUCAAUGAUUUUCGCAAUGUUCUCCAAAAGGAACUGAAGCAUACGGAGGGCUUGCCUCUAGAUAAUGAAUGUCUAGAGAAGCGAGUCUUCCAUCGCGUCAUCAGCGGAAUGCAUGCAUCUAUCUCGACCCAUCUCUGCUGGGACUACCUCAAUCAAACGACGGGCACGUGGCAUCCAAAUCUGCAAUGCUUUAAGGAGCGCUUGCAUGACCAUCCGGAGCGUAUCUCGAAUUUGUACUUCAACUACGCGCUCGUGUCUCGGGCUGUGGCGAAACUACGGAAACACCUUGAGGGAUACACCUACUGCACCAGUGAUGCCGCACAAGAUGCCCAAACGAGGGAGAAGGUAUCGAAACUCACCAAGAGCCUUGCAGACCGACCGCAGAUUUUCGACGAGAAUAUUAUGUUCCAGGAUCCAAGUGCCGUGGGCUUGAAAGAAGACUUUCGGAAUCGAUUUAGGAACGUGAGCCGGCUGAUGGAUUGCGUUGGGUGCGACAAGUGCCGUCUAUGGGGUAAACUCCAGGUCAAUGGCUAUGGAACCGCCCUGAAGGUCCUGUUCGAAUACGAUGAGACCAAGAACGGCGAGAAUCCCUUGCUACGGAGAACUGAACUCGUAGCACUGAUAAACACCCUGGGCCGCAUCUCGCAUAGUUUGGCCGCGGUUCGCAGCUUCCACCGCGCUAUGGAUCAGAACGACGGUCAGGUUUUCGCAAUUGCUGCCGGUGUGUCGACUCUCCACCACCAACCUGAUGGCAAAAAAAGGAGACGUCUUUAUAAGGAUGGUGGCUCGACGUUUUACUACGAAGACGAUGACGAGGAUGGUUUCCGCUACAUUACUGACGAGGCCCCGUGGGAACGACGGAGAAUCCGACGGGAAACCGACACCUUUCUGGAUGACCUCAACGCUGAGUUUUCUUUGGUAUGGGACACAUUCGUCUUCGUGCUAAAGUCGUGGAUCAAUCUCCCCAGAACACUGUUUGAAAUUGGUGUUUUGGAAUUCAAUCGGCUCUGGUGUUACUGGCUGGGGCUUCCUGUGCCUCCACGGUCAUGGAAGAUCCGACUGCCCAGACGGCCAGAAAUGCAGGAUCCUGGAGCACCCAGCUAUGAUGAGCUAUGA